GCCCUAUCAGCCGGAACAGCCCACAGGUGGAUGCUGCGAAUCGAGUGGGUCGGUCCGAUAAGCCUGGUCUAGUCGAGCCCACCAAGUUUCUCGAGGCUAGGGUUUGCACGAGCAGCGAAGCGGUUUGCGUGUUGGCGUUGGGCGGCCCGGCCGAGCCGGGGCCCUAUAUAUGAGGGAGAGGACCCCCCACUAGGGUUUCCUCCGACGGCGCCGACAAAACCAGACCAUCAAACAAGUGCCAGCGCCCUCUCGCAGUCGCCGCAAUGGAGAGCACCUUCAUCAUGAUCAAGCCUGACGGCGUCCAGAGGGGCCUCAUUGGUGAGAUCAUCAGCCGUUUUGAGAAGAAGGGCUUCUACCUCAAGGCCUUGAAGCUUGUGAACGUGGAGAGGUCGUUUGCUGAGAAGCACUACGCCGAUCUCGCCUCCAAGCCCUUCUUCCAGGGCCUCGUGGACUACAUCAUCUCUGGCCCUGUGGUGGCCAUGGUCUGGGAGGGCAAGAGCGUCGUCACAACUGGCCGCAAGAUCAUUGGCGCCACCAACCCCCUGGCUUCUGAGCCCGGCACCAUCCGUGGCGACUUUGCUGUCGACAUUGGCAGGAAUGUCAUUCAUGGAAGUGACAGCAUUGAGAGUGCUAAUAAGGAGAUUGCCCUGUGGUUCCCCGAGGGCCCUGCUGAUUGGCAGAGCAGCCAGCACCCCUGGAUCUACGAGAAGUAAACAUGGAAAGUUUCACAUCAAACCUUGAGAGCCAGAGGAAGCAUGUCACCAUUUGUGCUUUAGCAAUGUUUUCGAAAAGAUUAUGAUCUGUAUCUUGGAACCUUAUUUCAAUGGACCAAAUUUCUUUCUUUGCCAUGUUAUUGCUUGUCAUUUUGCGGUAUUUGAUUCCACUCGCCUAUAGAACUAGCAUAUAGUUUGUGAU